AUGCCUUCUUCUCUGAGGGGAAUUUGGUCCAGUACAUUCAAGUCCAAGGAUGCUCAAGUCUCUGCCAUCGUGAACUAUGCUCACCUUGUUGGAGUAACCAGGCACUUGUACUCUUUUUCAGUGAAAUUCAGCAACUGCAAUAGAAAAAGAAAAGUUCAGUAUGAAAGCAGCGAACCAGCAGAUUUCAAGGUGGAUGAGGACGGCACAGUGUAUGCUGUGAGAAGCUUCCCUCUCUCUGCAGAGCAGGCAAAGUUCCUGAUAUAUGCCCAAGACAAAGAAACCCAAGAAAAGUGGCAGGUAGCUGUAAACCUGAGUCUGGAGCCAACCCUGACUGAGGAGCCUAUGAAGGAACCACAUGAAAUUGAAGAAAUAGUAUUCCCUAGACAACUCGCCAAGCACAGUGGAACUCUACAAAGGCAGAAGCGAGACUGGGUCAUCCCGCCAAUCAACUUGCCAGAAAACUCCAGAGGACCCUUUCCUCAAGAGCUUGUCAGAAUCAGGUCUGAUAGAGAUAAAAACCUGUCCCUGAGGUACAGUGUCACUGGGCCAGGAGCUGACCAGCCGCCAACAGGCAUCUUCAUCAUCAACCCCAUCUCAGGACAGCUGUCAGUCACAAAGCCUCUGGACCGAGAGUUGAUAGCCCGGUUUCACUUGAGAGCACAUGCGGUGGACAUCAAUGGCAAUCAGGUGGAGAACCCCAUCGACAUCGUCAUCAAUGUAAUCGAUAUGAAUGAUAACAGACCUGAGUUUCUGCACCAGGUUUGGAAUGGGUCUGUUCCAGAAGGAUCAAAGCCUGGGACAUAUGUGAUGACGGUCACUGCCAUUGAUGCGGAUGACCCAAAUGCCCUGAACGGGAUGCUGAGGUACAGGAUCCUGUCCCAGGCACCCAGCACCCCUUCACCCAAUAUGUUUACAAUCAACAACGAGACUGGAGACAUCAUCACUGUGGCAGCUGGUCUGGAUCGAGAGAAAGUGCAACAGUAUACGUUAAUAAUUCAAGCCACAGACAUGGAAGGCAAUCCCACUUAUGGCCUUUCAAACACAGCCACAGCCGUCAUCACAGUGACAGAUGUCAAUGACAAUCCUCCAGAGUUUACUGCCAUGACCUUCUAUGGAGAAGUUCCUGAGAACAGGGUGGAUGUCAUUGUAGCCAACCUAACUGUCACUGACAAGGAUCAGCCCCACACACCGGCCUGGAAUGCUGCCUACAGAAUCAGUGGUGGAGACCCUACGGGAAGGUUUGCCAUCAGGACAGACCCCAACAGUAAUGAUGGGCUAGUCACAGUGGUAAAACCAAUUGACUUUGAAACGAAUAGGAUGUUUGUCCUUACUGUUGCUGCAGAAAACCAAGUGCCAUUAGCUAAGGGGAUUCAGCACCCACCUCAGUCGACAGCAACUGUGUCUGUGACGGUUAUUGAUGUCAAUGAAAAUCCUUAUUUUGCCCCAAAUCCUAAAAUUAUUCGCCAAGAGGAAGGCCUCCACGCAGGUACCAUGCUGACCACGCUCACUGCUCAGGACCCUGAUCGAUAUAUGCAACAGAAUAUCAGAUACACAAAGUUAUCUGAUCCUGCCAAUUGGCUGAAAAUAGAUCCUCUGAAUGGGCAGAUCACAACGAUUGCUGUGUUGGAUAGAGAAUCGCCUAAUGUAAAAAACAACAUCUAUAAUGCUACCUUCCUUGCUUCUGACAAUGGAAUCCCUCCUAUGAGUGGAACAGGAACACUGCAAAUCUAUUUACUUGAUAUCAAUGACAACGCCCCUCAGGUGUUACCUCAAGAGGCUGAGACUUGUGAAACUCCAGAACCCAAUUCAAUUAACAUCACAGCACUUGAUUAUGACAUAGACCCAAAUGCCGGGCCGUUCGCAUUUGAUCUCCCCUUAUCUCCAGUGACUAUUAAAAGAAACUGGACCAUCACCCGGCUUAACGGUGAUUUUGCUCAGCUCAAUUUAAAGAUAAAAUUUUUGGAAGCUGGUAUCUAUGAAGUUCCCAUCAUUAUCACAGAUUCAGGGAAUCCUCCCAAGUCCAACAUUUCCAUCCUGCGUGUGAAAGUUUGCCAGUGUGACUCCAAUGGAGACUGCACCGACGUAGACAGGAUCGUGGGUGCAGGGCUUGGCACGGGUGCCAUCAUUGCUAUCCUUCUUUGUAUCAUCAUCCUGCUGAUCCUUGUUCUCAUGUUUGUGGUAUGGAUGAAACGCCGGGAUAAAGAACGCCAAGCCAAGCAGCUUUUAAUUGACCCAGAAGAUGACGUAAGAGAUAAUAUAUUGAAAUAUGAUGAAGAAGGCGGAGGAGAAGAAGACCAGGACUAUGACUUGAGUCAGCUCCAGCAACCAGAUACCGUGGAGCCUGAUGCCAUCAAGCCCGUGGGAAUCAGGCGGCUAGACGAGAGGCCUAUCCAUGCUGAGCCACAGUACCCUGUCCGAUCCGCAGCCCCACACCCUGGCGAUAUCGGGGACUUCAUUAAUGAGGGCCUUAAAGCUGCUGACAACGACCCCACGGCUCCACCAUAUGAUUCCCUCUUAGUCUUCGACUAUGAGGGCAGCGGCUCCACGGCUGGCUCCUUGAGCUCCCUCAACUCCUCCAGUAGCGGCGGGGACCAGGACUAUGACUACCUGAAUGACUGGGGACCCCGCUUCAAGAAGCUGGCCGACAUGUAUGGCGGUGGCGACGACUGAAUGGCAGGACGGACUUGGCUUUUGGACAAGUAUAAACAGUUUCACCUGAUAUUCCCACAAAGCAUACAGAAGCUAGGCUUUAACUCUGUAGUCCACUAGCACCGUGCUUGCUGGAGGCUUGGGCGUAGGCUGCGAACCAGUUUGGGCUCCCAGGGAAUAUCAGUGAUCCGAUACUGUCUGGAAAACACCGAGCUCAGCUACACUUGAAUUUUACAGUACAGAAGCACUGGGAUUUUAUGUGCCUUUUUGUACCUUUUUCAGAUUGGAAUUAGUUUUCUGUUUAAGGCUUUAAUGGUACUGAUUUCUGAAACGAUAAGGAAAAGACAAAAUAUUUUGUGGCGGGAGCAGAAAGUUAAAUGUGAUAUGCUUCAACCCACUUUUGUUACAAUGCAUUUGCUUUUGUUAAGAUACAGAACUGAAACAACCAGAUUAAAAAAAUUAACUCAUGGAGUGAUUUUGUUACCUUGGGGUGAGGGGGGGGAUGAGACCACAAGAUAGGAAAAUGUACAUUACCUUCUAGUUUUAGACUUUAGAUUUUUUUUUUUCACUAAAAUCUUAAAACUUACGCAGCUGGUUGCAGAUAAAGGGAGUUUUCAUAUCACCAAUUUGUAGCAAAAUUGAAUUUUUUCAUAAACUAGAGUGUUAGACACAUUUUGGUCUUAAUCCAUGUACACUUUUUUUAUUUUCUGUAUUUUUUCCACCUGGCUGUAAAAAUGGUGUGUGUACAUAAUGUUUUAUCAGCAUAGACUAUGGAAGAGUGCAGAGAACUCAGAACAUGUGUAUGUAUUAUUUGGACUUUGGAUUCAGGUUUUUUGCAUGUCAAUAUCUUUCGUUAUGGGUAAAGUAUUUACAAAACAAAGUGACAUUUGAUUCAACUGUUGAGCUGUAGUUAGAAUACUCAAUUUUUAAUUUUUUAAUUUUUUUUUAAUUUUUUUUUUAUUUUCUUUUUGUUUGUUUUGUUUUGGGGAGGGAUAAAAGUUCUUUAGCACAAAUGUUUUACAUAAUUUGUACCAAAAAAAUUACACACAAAAAAAAAAAAGGAAAGAAAAGUGAAAGGGGUGGCCUGGUACCGGCGGCACUAGCAAGUGUGUGUUUUUAAAAAACAAAACAAACAAACAAAAAAAUAAAUAAAAAGAGACAAAAAAAAAAAAAAAGAAAAAAAAAAGCUUUUAAACUGGAGAGACUUCUGAAACAGCUUUGCGUCUGUGUUGUGUACCAGAAUUCAAACAAUACACCUCUGACCCCAGCGUUCUGAAUAAAAAGCUAAUUUUGGAUCUGG